AUGGCUGCUUCUCACUUGAUGAACGAGUGCAAACUAUUGGAACAUGCACCGGACUUCGCCAAAUCUCGCCCGGAAGCGUACUUGGAUAACGUCAAAACCGAGUACGCGGCCAAGCUAGCUGUGUGCGAACUUCUCAGUGCCCAGCCAGUCAACCCCACACCACCGGCAAAUUGCGACAUCCUGGUGCCGGCAUCAAGACAUUGCGAUAAAGGCGGUAGCUGGUGGCACGCCCGGCCGGAAGCUCCUAGCGACAAGCAAUGCUACCCCAACUUCAAAGAGUACCAAUAUACCCAAUGCCUCAAGAGCCUUCAAUCGACACCACAGUACUGGACAUCGUUCAGCAACGCCCGCCAGAAUGCAGUGGUCAUGUGUCAAGCCAGCAGAGAUGUCAUCGAGCGAGAAAACCACCUUGAGAUAUUCAAGAACCUGACCCAGGUGCUGGGCGAUGUGACAUCGAACAUGCAAAAGACGACCGAAGAGUAUGAGUCGUUGAUCCGCGAGCAGAGGCACUAUUCCGAGGAAGCUCGCGAUUCUCAUCAGCAGCUCAAAGAGGACAUCCAAGCUGUUCAAGAGAAGGCUGUUGCCACUGUGGGAGCGCUUGACGACAAGUUCCGUACUUUCAUGGAGGUGUCAAUCUCGGAUCUCAUUACAGCUCUGGCCGAGAGUCAGAGCAACGAGAUUGAUCAGAUCCAUGAGAAGAUGCAGGAUUUUUCGCAAGAGUUGAUGUUUGAAAGUUCACAGCUUGCAAAACACUUCACUGGCGAACUCCAACAAUUCCAUGAUCUAGCCAGGAUGAGCAUCCAGUCCAAUCACGAGGCUCAGGUCGACAGCUAUACCGUUCUGGCAGGCUAUAUGGGCGUCACUCAGGAUACCAUCAAUCGAACCAACGAUAUCGCAGAUCGCUCUCUUUCUACAGUCCAUAGUAUUGCGCAACGUCUGGACAUCUUCGAGACGCAAACGGAGCACAUUGCUGAAGGUUUCGCUUUCCUAAGUGCGAUACCAGCACUUGUCACACUACUCGUCCGCAGCUUCAUAGCCAUGGUCGGUACACUAUUCAUCUUCACUGUCCUGUACAAGCUCAACACAAGACUUGCCGCCUACACUGCCGGCGCUUGCAGUUCCGCUUUCCUCCUACACACAUGCGGUAUCUUUGACUGGCUCGGCGAUCUCCCCUCCCGCGUCGCAAAGAUCCACGACCAACCUCUUGCGACUGUCGCAGGCAUGUCAUCUUGGCAGAAAGGCGCGGGCAUCGUCCUUUUACUCUGGCUCGCCGCCUACCCGGUGUGCCACAUCAAUGCCUACCUCGGCAGUCUCAUUGCUGCGACCCUGAAGCGGCUUCUCAGCCCAUUCUGGAUCAGCGAGUAUAGCAACGAGAACGGGACGGGGUUUUUGCCCAGCAUCGAGAUUCCCGCCGCGUAUCCUCGUCCCGCGGAUGACCGAUAUCAUCGGAAUGAUGUCGGCUAUCGCAACUAUCCAAACUACUCGAAGUCGGCCUCACCACCUUACGAAACCUGA